AUGAUCCAGACAGGACUCAUCCCACAUGCGCACAACGACCUUGUGACUGACGCUGUAUACGAUUUCUAUGGUUUACGAUUGGCGACAUGUGGACUUGACCAAAGGAUAAAAAUCUGGCAAUUGGACGAAUCGAAUGGGACUUGGAGCGUAGAGGACGACUGGAAAGCGCACGAUGCUACGAUCUCCAAGUUGAGCUGGGCGCAUCCAGAGUUUGGGACUGUGAUUGCGUCGGCUGGGUUUGAUAGGGUUGUCAAGGUUUGGGAGAGGGUUGGGGGAGCUGCUGGUGGUGGCGGAGGCGAUCAGCAAGGCUCGAGUUCUGGAGCGGGUGCUGGGAGUACGGGGCCUUCGAGCUCGAGGUGGGUCGAGAAGGCUGUUUUGCCUGAUGCACGGGGGACUGUACGAGCUGUCGAAUUCGCGCCUCACCAUUUCGGACUCAAGCUGGCAACGAUCUCCUCAGACAGCGUCCUGCGAAUCUACGAAUGCCUCGAACAACCGACGCUUUCGGGGUGGCAGCUCCUCGAAGAGAUCGACGUGAACAACCUCGUGCCGGGUCCCUCGCCUUCACACCUCUCGCGCGUGCAAAGCGUCGCACUCGCCACCCCGACGCAGACGAUGUCCAUGACGGGCAACGCGUCCAUCCUCGACGGCGCCGCGCAGGCUUUGCAACAGCAGCAGCAGCAGCAGGGCAACCUCCUACCCCUUUCUCGACAGCACGGCCUGGGGAACAGGGAAGCGGACGGCGGGUGGACGAUUUCGUGGUGCAAGGACCGGUAUUGGGGCGAGGUUAUCGCUGUCGGGUCGGGCACGAGUGGGGUUGUGAAGAUUGUACAGCUCAACCCGAGGCGGUCGAUCGUCCUGCUCACGCUGGAUCCUAAACCGCAGCAAGGGGGUGGUACCGGGCCAGCCGCCACGGGGUCCGCCGCGCCGACUCAGGGAGGAGGGGACGCCACUUCCCAAGGCGCGGGAGUAGCUAACUUUGCUGUUACGUCCGUCGCGUGGGCGCCGUCGUGCGGGCGGUCGUAUCACCUAGUUGCUACUGGGAGUCGAGACGGCCAUGUAAGGAUUUGGAAACUCAAGCCUCCUCCGGAGGAUGCUGAGCUGCAGGAAUGGAGUGCUACUUCUGUUGCUGAUUUUGAUCAACACAAGUCGGCGGUUGGGAAGGUGGAGUGGAAUAUUACUGGGACUGUUCUGUCUUCGGCGGGGAAUGAUGGAAGGAUCAGGUUGUGGAAGGCGACGAUUGGAAAUGUGUGGAGGCCUGCUGGGAGUAUUGGUGUUGAACAGUCCAACCCGGACGACGCGGGAGCCAAAGAUGGCUCCAAAGAUGUGGAGAUGAGUUGAUAAAAUUCUAUACCCCCGUUGUAUUUUACCCGCCCGCUUGAAUGAUGCAGAUACUCUGAUUCUAGCCGAA